AUGACCACGGCGUUGAACCUGGACGUCUACGCCCACCUCCUGACGUUCAUAUCUUUUCCGGCCGACCUCCUCGCAGUGGCACUUACCAGCUGUGAUCUAUUUCGUCUUGGCAUGCCAGAAUUGCGCUAUCGCUCUAUCAGGACGCACUUGGGGAACAAUGCGCUUUGGAGGUUCCUGGCGGAGAACCCAGCAUUGGCGUCUCGGGUGCGGGAGCUCGUGAUUUUAAGGGAAAAUGCGCAUGGUCUGUUGGAUAAGAAGGAAAUGGAACGGGUUCUUAUCCAUGGCUUACGGUGCACGGUGCCUUCAGGAAGAGUGACAGAAGCUGACGUGGAGGAAUCUGAAAGGCUGUUGAUUCAGGCUCUACGCGUGCUCAUCAAUCUCGAGAGCUUUACUUGGGAUCGUAAGGUUCCUUUGAUCAAUGUGGGACAAGAGGUGCUGCCGUUGUUUGGAUUGGUGCCAUCUGGAGAUGUGCCACCUCAAGUUUACUCCGAAGACGUAUGGACUGCGUUGAGGGACCGCACCCAAGUGAAGAAACUGAUAGUCACGGAUCUUGGGCGAAACCAAACGAUGUUUGCAAAUACCUUGUCUAUCUUUGAUAGCUCCAUGUAUACCCUUCAAAACCUCACACAUGUGGAGUUGAAGAUAGACUAUACACCAUUCAACGAGGCGGAAGGCGUCACCGAAGACGAUGAUUCGGACAAUUCUUCCGACAUCAACUUUCCUCCUAGAAUCAAUACUGAUCGACUGCAAGCACUCCUGCACUCAUGUCCAGAUCUUGAGUUCCUAGCGCUGGAGAUAUACGAUCACAGCUUCUACAUAAUCUAUGGAGGGGACCCAUUCACUGACAUCUCCUCCAUUCUUGCAGGGAUCACAUGGCCCCGCCUAACCUCCCUCCAACUUGGCGAUGUGGUUGUUGGCAAACAAGUCAUUACGCAGUUUUUGAAUAGGCACCCCACACUCCAAUUUUUUGCUGCGUAUUUAUCAAUUUCUGUCGACAGGGCCACACAGAACUUUGAAUUGGAUAUGACAGGCUUGAAAAAGGACGCGCUGCCGAAUCUUACGCGUCUCGCUGUCCACCCCAAACUGGCCCGUCCUAUUCUGUGUGGUGUUCCCGACUACUCGACGAUUACAGAGCUCACGGGUGUUGAGCCGCGUGAUUGGGAUGCGCCUGAGGUUGAAAUUGAGUCCCCAGUGGCUGAUUUUGACACGUGGAGCGAACUUCCGCUGGCGAACGUAUAUGAAGAUGACAACAUCAGACUGGAACGCGCUUUUAGGCUGAGAGAGAUGAGAAAUCUAAAAUCGUUAUCCCUUCGGAACCUCACAGAAGUGGACCAGCUCGAGGCGCUAGCAAAGCUAACCCCAAACUUGGAAUCGCUAUCGACACCUCCGUAUCUGAUCAAAUCCGUUUAUGACAACCCGACCCCACACACCUCCUGGUUACCCUUCCUUGCCAAUUGGCCACGCCUCACGAUGGUCAAUGGGAUAUGCCUAUGGCCACCUUCUGGAGCCAAGGGCUCGGAGAUAGAGCCAGAACUUGCUAAAGAGAUAUUAAAGACGUGCCCGAAUAUGAAGGAGAUCCCCUGGAGAGAUGGCGCGGUUGUCAAGUUUAUGGAGGGUGGAAACCAUCGAAGGGCGCAAAACAUGCUGCGACUGACCCGCCAACUGCUAUCGCGUUCUCGCUACCAAAAUCUAGGUUUUACAGAUGUUACGCUCACUCUCCUUCCUCUGGAGCAAAAGCAGAGCAUCCCAAACAAACCUAUGCACAAUUUUUCUGAGUACUAA